AUGGACUCUUUAUGCCAAUGUCGGUUCAAGCUCGUAUAUGUGGAUAAUGAUGGGGUCGCCAGAAAUGCUAUCAUAUUUACGGCAUUCGUGCUGAAAGGUCACGAUUCGCCAUUAAUACAGGUACAAAAAUCGCUAACGCGCACAGUUGAUAUUUUCGUGGACAACAAAUACAUAAACAAAACUUGGGGACUUUUAGGUGUUUACGACGGCAACAAAGAAAAUGACUUGCAGGAUCAGCAAGGCAAAACAUACGACGACUACAACAUCGAAAAUUUCGUGCCAAACCUAAUCCCGCCAGAUAUAUCUAAAGCGUCUAAGCAAGCUCAAUUGCUUUGUGGCGAAUCCUUGGAAUGUUUGUACGAUUUCAUAACCACGGGAAGGACCUAUGACAAUUAA